GAGUAGAGGACUUGCUAAAGAAACGUCUGUUGCAGCUCAGUUCAUUGAUUUGCCUACUUCUUGACUCGCGCGUCCAGGCUUACGUGUUAUUAACCCCUCCCCUCUUUUAUCUGGUUGUGCUGAUGAUGGGAUCGGCAGAAGAGAAGAGAAUCGAGGAUGAGCUGUCGUAUCCUAUUUUGCUAGCCGAACGGGUUCGCGCUGCGGCGGAGGAGGCUGAGUCGUUUAAAGUAGAUUGUGCGGAGGUCGGGAAGCAAGUGGAUCGACUUUCCCAAAUGCUUCGACCCCUAGUCCGGUCAACCACCUCGGUUCAAUCCCUCUACGAACGUCCGAUUCGCCGGGUCGUCUCCGAGGUUUCGAAGAAUCUUGAGCGAGCUCUCACGUUAGUCCGAAAGUGCAAGCGCCAGAGCAUCUUGCGCCGGGUCGUGAGGAUCACGAGCGCCACCGAUUUCCGCAAAGUGUCGAACCUUCUAGACGCUUCCAUCGGCGACAUGAAGUGGCUCAUGGGAGUCCUAGACACCGAGAACAACGGGACUGCCAGCGGAAUCUUCCUUUCCCUCCCUCCAAUCGCCAGCAACGACCCGAUUAUUUCAUGGGUUUGGUCUUACAUCGCCACAGUUCAAAUGGGCCAAUUGGCCGAUCGAAUCGAAGCCGCUAAUAACCUCGCUUCCCUCGCUCGAGACAACGACCGAAACAAAAAGAUAACCGUGGAAGAAGGCGGAAUCCCUCCUUUGUUAAAACUUCUUAAAGAAAGCUCCUCACCCGAAGCCCAAAUUGCAGCAGCUAAUGCGCUUUUUGCUUUAGCGAACGAGCAGGAAAGAGUUAGGAGUAUUCUUGAUGAAAUGGGGGUUCCAAUUGUGGUUCAAGUGUUGGGAGAUUCUCCAGUGAAGGUUCAAAUUCCGGUGGCUAAACUGGUGGCAACAAUGGCGGAGCACGAUCCGCUGGCUCAGGAGGAUUUCGCCAGAGAGAAUGUAAUUAGGCCGUUGGUGACUCUGUUAUCGUUCGAGACGUUUGUGGAAGAUUCUAAGGCACCGUUGGGUAAGCAAAGCAUUCAUUCUAUAGUUAUAAAUAAAGAAUUGGAGAAAUUUUCUUCAACUGGAUCGAAUUCAAGGAAUUUUAGUUAUAGACCGUAUGGAAAUUCUUACUCGAAUUUACACUUGGAAGGAAGUAGUAGGGGAGGAAAUCAUAGGAAAGAAAGGGAAAAUGAGAAGCCCGAAGUUAAAAUUCAGUUGAAAAUUAAUUGUGCUGAAGCUUUAUGGUUGCUUGCUAAAGGGAGUGUUUCGAAUAGUAGGAGGAUAACCGAGACAAAAGGAUUGCUUUGCUUGGCUAAGUUGGUGGAGACAGAAGAAGGUGAAUUGCAAUAUAAUUGUUUGAUGGCAAUAAUGGAGAUUACAGCAGCUGCUGAAUCCAAUUCUGAUCUUAGACGUGCAGCUUUUAAGACGAAUUCACCCGCUGCUAAGGCUGUUAUUGAUCAGCUUUUGAGGGUAAUCAAGGAAUUAAAUAGCCCUACAUUGCAAGUUCCUGCUAUUAGAUCAGUUGGUUCAUUGGCAAGGACUUUCCCAGCUAGGGAGACUCGAGUGAUUGGCCCUUUGGUGAAACAGCUUGACAAUAAGGAUCAAGAAGUGGCAGUGGAAGCUGCAAUUGCACUGCAGAAGUUUGCAUGUCCAGAUAAUUUUCUCUGUAUGGAUCAUUCAAAGUCGAUAAUUGAGUUCAACGGUGUUCCAUUUUUGAUGAGACUGCUUAGAUGCGGUGACAGAGCACAGCUGCACGGGUUAGUACUGCUCUGCUACCUUGCCAUACACGCGGGCGAUAACGAGGCUUUGGAACAAGCUAGGGUUUUGACUGCCCUGGAGGGAGCAGACCGAAUGGUGGUUGCACAUCAUCCUGAUUUGAGAGAAUUGGUGUCGAGGGCCAUAUAUCAGCUCAACCUUUAUCACACCGGAGCCCAUCCGCAGAGGCAAUUGUAUGCACCUUGAAUGUCCCCCUAAAAUUCUAUUGAUCUGCAUUUCAGGUUGGUAUGAAGGCAAGCUGAGAGGGCAAAACACAAAUAUACAACAUUUGGUCGGUUAGAAAAAAGGAAUUGUUUUAUCAAAGUUGACAGGUUCCUGCUCAACUAAUUAUUCACUGUUAAAAAAAUGCUUAGAUGCUUUAUUGCUUUUUUAGUGAACAUAAAACUGCUUGUGAAUAUUUCCAUUUUUGUUAUAUGGACAUUGAAUAUUUCCUAUAGUUGCUAA